CUGAUCGGUAUCAUAAUGUUUGCCAAACUCACAUGUAGCCCGCCUCUAGGACAGACAACAGUUGUUGCUUCUGAAAAAUCUUUGGUCAAUUUUACAGUUCUCCUGGAGACUUCAUCCAGGAAAGACUGGCAGGUUGCGCUAUGGUCUAAUCACCAAAAUCGUGAGAAGUGGUCCAGUGCAAGUCUACAAUCUGUCGACGAAGGUCCGUCAUUGAUGGCAAUCAGAGGAAAGACAGACGAUGAUUGUGUUCGGCAAUGGUUCUCACUCGAAUUACGGGGCGCCCCCAAGCAUGGAGGUCCCGUGUCAUUUACCAUCACAUUCCGAGAAUCCGAUGCUGAUCCGUGGAAGUGGGCAAAUGAGCAAUUUUCCACUGCAGAUGGCCAUAUUAUCUAUCAAUCGCCCAGCAGACUAGAAGAUGAUAUCCACCACUAUAUUGAUGGAUUACCGUCCGAGCUCCAGACACAAAAGGAAAGCAGUGAAACUCCAGAUACUCUGCUUUGGUCAAUCACCGGGCCCGCCAAUGCAGCAUCAGGUAAAUCUUCAGGACAUACCAAAGUUGCAUUGGGCAAACCCACCAACUUUGCGAGGUGGUUUGCUGUCAUCAGGCUAUGGUCACCGUGGAUUGCUCCUCGGCAGGGCAAAAGCACAUUCGCGCCAGACAAAGAAGGAAUACUCGCUGCAUUUGAACGUGAAGACGGGUCCCACCUAGUUGUACUCGCCAUAAGCGGGGUGGACGACGUUCUCACUACCCUCCAUCAUGACGGAGCUGGUAAUGUUGUUGUAGACUCACGUAACGACAGUGAACAGGAAGGGAUCACCAGACUAGUUGUGUCUGUAGGAAAGAGCCUGGAAUCAGCCAUGGCAGCAACUUUGUACUACGCUCGAAGACUUGUACUCAGAUACGAAGAUGCCUCCGGGCAACUUGCCACCGAAGAGAAGGCCCUGAUGAAAGACUUCCAACCCGAAUGGCUUCAGAACUGGUACGAUGGCUUAGCAUACUGCACCUGGAACGGAUUGGGGCAAAACCUCCACGAGGACAAAAUAUUCGAAGCGCUCGAUUCACUGCAGAAAAACGAAAUCAACAUCUCGAAUUUGAUCAUAGACGACAACUGGCAAUCUCUCUCCAAAGAAGGUGGAGAUCAGUUUGAGAACGCAUGGAUGGAAUUCGAGGCGACGAAGACCGGUUUUCCCCGAGGUCUGAAGGCUGCCGUCAACGACAUCCGAAGCAAACACAAGAACAUCAAGCACAUAGCUGUCUGGCACGCGCUGUUUGGCUAUUGGGGCGGCAUCUCACCCACGGGGAAGAUCGCAAAAGAAUACAAAACUGUUGAGGUUCGUAAAAGAGAUGGUGUAUCGGGAGGUAUGAUGCUGGCAGUUGCUAAGGAGGACGUUGACCGUUUUUAUCGUGAUUUCUACCAAUUUCUGAGCUCCGCAGGCAUCGACUCAAUCAAAACGGACGCACAGUUCUUCGUUGACGAACUCGACAGCGCUGACGAUCGCCGGGAUCUCAUUAAAGCCUACCAAGACGCAUGGAGCAUUAGCCAACUUCGCCACUUCAGCGGUAAAGCUAUUUCAUGCAUGAGCCAAGUGCCCCAGAUCAUUUUCCACUCCCAGCUUCCAUCGAACAAGCCAAGGAUCCUUCUUCGAAACUCUGAUGACUUUUUCCCUGAGGUUCCAGCAUCUCACCCCUGGCACAUAUUCUGCAACGCCCAUAACUCUGUCUUUACUCAGUUUCUCAACAUUCUUCCUGAUUGGGAUAUGUUUCAAACCUCCCACGAAUGGGCUUCAUUUCAUGCGGCAGCUCGUUGUGUAUCUGGAGGUCCAAUAUACAUCACGGAUGUCCCUGGUCAGCACAACGUCGAUCUCAUCCACCAAAUGACGGGAAACACACCACGGGGAGACACCGUCAUCCUUCGGUCUCACACCGUUGGCAAAAGUACAUGUGCCUACAACUCAUAUGACGAUGCUGCGCUUCUUAAGGUCAGCACAUACGUAGGUUCAGCCCGUUCUGGGGUGAGCAUUGUAGGCGUUUUCAACUGCACCCAACAUCCCAUCGCAGAGCUCAUUGGCAUCAAUCAGUUCCCCGGGACAGAACAUGGUACUUAUAUCAUCAGAAACCAUACUACAGGCCAGGUCUCUGUUCCGACUAGCUCCGACAGUAACGAUACCUUUGUUCACAUAGAACUUGCUCAUCGUGGUUGGGAGAUAUUGUCUGCAUUCCCACUACAAACAUUCACGUUGGAGCACAGACAUGAGGCCCAAGGGCCAGCAGACGUCUCGGUUGCAAUUCUAGGUGUGUUGGGCAAGAUGGCUGGCGCAGCUGCAAUCGUCAACAGCGACAGCUACGUUGACCGCGAGACCGGUAGGCUUCGCGUCUGGACGUCAUUAAAGGUUCUGGGCACCUACGGCUUGUACAUUUCCAAUCUCAAGGAACGCUCAGUCGAGAAAGACUUUAUGGCUGUGUUGUUCGGACGACCGAUCCCAGCACAUUGCGUAAAAGUAAGUGACGAGUCAGAGAAUGUCCUUGAAAUCGACACGGCAAGGGCGUGGAAAGAGACCGACUCCCAGGCUGGCUGGAGCAAUGAAGUCGCAGUGGAAGUAGUUAUUCGGUAG